UGUUCAAAUGAUCACUCUCGCGAGAUCUUUCGCAAAUCUAGGGUUACCAUUGAGACACAACCCUGGUUGUUGUUAGAAACAUGGCGUCUAAGUGCAGCCUCUCCACCCUGUUUCCUAUCCAAAGUCAGCUGGAUUGCGCCCUAGAUGACGCCACAACACAGCAAGAGAAAGAAAAUCUUGUCUACCAGUACUUGAGAAAACUAGACGAGAGACAGGAUCUGAAGAUACCCGAUUUCCAGACAGGCUUGGAAUGGCUGAACACGGAGGGGCCUCUGUCUUUGAACAAGGAGCUGGCUGGUAAAGUGGUGCUACUGGACUUCUUUACUUACUGCUGCAUCAACUGCAUGCACAUCCUGCCUGACCUGCACCAGCUUGAGAAGAAACACUCUGUCAAAGACGGACUGGUUAUUAUUGGUGUGCAUUCUGCGAAAUUCCCCAAUGAAAAGGUCCUUGACAACGUUCGCAGCGCCGUGCUUCGCUAUGACAUCUGCCACCCGGUGGUGAACGACAGCGAGGCGCGUCUCUGGCAUGAACUGGAGGUGUCCUGCUGGCCCACGCUCGUCCUUCUGGGCCCACAUGGAAACCUGCUGUUCUCCCUGGUGGGCGAAGGCCACCGUGACAGGCUGAUGCUUUUCACUGACUGCGCCCUCCGUCACUACGGGGAGCAGGGCCUGAUGAAGACACACACAGUAGGCAUCAAGCUGUACCGAGACUCCCUGCCACCCAGCAUCCUGUCCUUCCCUGGGAAGGUGGCUGCAGAUAACAGUAACAAGAGACUGGUCAUAGCUGAUACUGGGCAUCACCGAAUCCUGGUGGUGUCCUCUACUGGGCAGCUGUUACACGUCGUAGGAGGGCCUAAAAGUGGGAGACAAGAUGGCGACCUGUCCGAAGCUUCCUUUAACUCCCCUCAGGGAGUGGCCAUUAAAGGGGACACGGUGUACGUGGCUGACACAGAAAACCAUCUGAUCCGAAAGAUUGACCUGUCAGAGGGACGAGUCAGCACUCUCGCUGGAGUAGGUGCUCAAGGCACGGACAAAGAAGGUGGCGCCAUGGGACCUCAACAGCCAAUCAGCUCUCCUUGGGAUGUGACACUUGGCUCUGCUGGUGGUGUUGAAGAGAACGUGCUGUGGAUAGCCAUGGCAGGGACCCACCAGAUCUGGGGUUUGUUCCUAGCAGAUGGGAAAUUGCCCAAAGGAAGCGAGUCCAAGGCUGGGACGUGCAUUCGAUGGGCAGGCAGCGGCAAUGAGGAGAACCGAAACAAUGCCUACCCACACAAAGCAGGCUUCGCUCAGCCUUCAGGCCUGGCCUUGGCCCCGGAGGAGCCCUGGAGCUGCCUGUAUGUGGCCGACAGUGAAAGCAGCACCAUCCGCACGCUGGCACUGAAGGACGGAGCCGUCAAGUUGCUGGUCGGGGGAGAGAGGGACCCACUGAACCUCUUUGCUUUCGGGGACGUGGACGGGAAGGGGGUGGAUGCCAAGCUACAGCAUCCUCUCGGUGUUGCCUGGGCUCCCGAACAAAGCCUGCUCUAUGUGGCCGACUCGUACAACCACAAGAUCAAGGUGGUGGAUCCAAAGACAAAGCAGUGUAACACACUGGCAGGGACGGGAGAGGCUGCAGAUACUCUGGGCCCUGAAUUCAACAAAUCCUGCUUCAAUGAACCCGGAGGAAUCUGUGUCGGUGCCGGCGGAAAGCUCCUCUAUGUGGCUGAUACCAACAACCACCGAGUUAAAGUGCUCGACCUGGGCUCCAAGACUGUCUCACUGUUCCCCAUUUCCACGGACUGCACAGACUCAGUACCCACAAAGCCUUCAGGUCCUGCCAAAGCCCCCACGUUGCCUAAAUCGGCUGCCAGGAAAGAAAUGCCACCAGUGGCAGUGUCUGCAGGCCAGACUCUGGCCAUGUCACUCACGCUGUCGCUUCCAGAAGGAACCAAACUCACUGAUGAGGCCCCAAGCUGCUGGGCUCUCUCAGCUGAGGGUAACGAGUGGCUGCUAGACAGUCAGGUAGUUACUGGUGACAUCGUGGAUGUGUCGAAGCCGCUCCGCAUCUCAACCAAACUCCCUGCAGCUAUUAAGGACUCAAACAACCUCCCGUGCCUCACUUUGAGCGUGUGGGUGUACUACUGUAUGGAAGCAGGGAAAGCCUGUAUGAUGAAAGCGGCCUCCUUCAGCCAGCCUCUUCAAAUAAGUACCAGUCCCAGAGAGAAAGAGGUCGCUGUAGCGUUGUCUCACGCCUUCUAAAAAAAACCCCUCUCUGUAUUAGUCACAAGAGUCACAGAAAUCAACACUUUCUUCAGCUCUGACACAUCGGUUUUACUUCAGGCUCAGCUAAUUCCAACUCCUGUCAUGUGCACAGCUCUGGAAGAAGAAAACAUAGAUUGUUUCUGACAGAGCUGUCACUUUUGACAAAAAUGCAAUUCUUACAAACCUGAUUUUCAGGGGAAUUUCAUUUCAAAAGGCGCUCUACGAAAAAGUGCACAUCAGAGCUGCAAUGUCAUUGACCUAGUGUGACAGUUAUUAGUAAGAAUGCAAACAGCAACAUCCCCUGGCACACUGCAAACACAACUGCAAAAAUGUAUCUAUAUAACAGUAUAUUUAUGCAAAAAAAUGUUAUAAGGACAUGCUGCACUGACUAACUGUGUGUUUUAUGAAAAACCUCAUAAAAAAAAAACUUGAUUACAAACUAAAAAUGAAAACAACUCUGUAGACUUAAUGAGGAUCUAAGAAAUUAUGGUAAUCUAAUUGGCAGGUGGUGAUGAUGGUGUCAGUGAUGAAAAGAGGAACAAGCAGAUUUUCUGUCAUUUAAUGAUGUUGUGGACGAUUUCAAAUACUUUCAAAUAUAUAAAUAUAUAAAAACCGAAGCCUCUGAUUAGCUUCACAUUUUCACCUGAACCACCAGAUGGAUGUGAAUUUCAAAGACUAUUUACACUAUAGUUUUUUUUUUCCAACAACAAAUAAUUAUUGAAAGAUUUCUGCUUUUCAAAAAUUAGCAGAAGCCUUCUGUUUAUGUUUGAAACCAUUUUUCACCUAAAUUAAAUUUCCUUUAAUCCCAGGAGUAAUUACAUAGUAGGAAUUUUUUUUAAAAAGGGGGAAGUUUAAUGAUGCUGAUAUGACUUAAAGAAAGUACAUUUUAUUCUGCUUCUGCUUGCACAAGCAUUGCUUAUGAAUGCUAAUAUCGAGUUACUGCCAGUUUCUCAAACAUAUGAUAUUGAAAAUCCGUCUCAAACUUUAUCUUUAAUCUCAGUCCAGGGAUAAGUAGAAAGUGAGGAAAUUACAUGAAACUUGAGUCCUUAUACCAUGGUCUAUGCAGAUACUCACAUUUUUGUUAUCAUUAAUAUAUUUAUAUAUAUAUAUAAGAGUCUUACGUCAGAGUAUUUCAUUCACAUCUUCACUGUUUUUUUGAAUAAUAUAUGUCCAUGUAUAUGUGUGGGGUUGUUUAGUUUAUACGCAGCUUCAGCGGUGCCUUCAGGUGCACUAAUCAAGCUUACAUAAAUAUUUAUCUACAUACAGUAUGUGUUACCACAGACCAAGUAGUCUUAAGUUGUUUACAAAGUUCACAGUCUCUGUAUGACUGAUUACACUUUUGAUUAUGAUUACAUGAUACAAUGAGCCCUUUUGAACCAUAAAAUAUGGCUGUUAUCUAAAUAAUGAAUAAAGUGCCUGUUUUCAAUAAGGGUGAAGCAACCUCUUGCCCUGAUAACUGAACUGAUGACACCGACUGACUGCUGCUCGCUCCGCACACUGUGUGUUACUGUAUUAAAAAGACAAAGUCUUUAAUGUUUCCCGUUAUUAAAGUCUCUCUAUCAAGCAUUUAUAGACUUCAUCUUCAACUCCACAAAGGGAACAUAAUGUAAAAGAGAUGCUCUGAUAAUGAGUUGCUGUAAUAUGUUGUCUGUUUUCUUGUGUAUUAUUGUGUGAUAAUGUGGAAGUCAUUUUCCUUGAUUGGUUUUCAAAGUUAUGAGUUGUUGUCAGAAAUGGGCCUGAGAGUAUUUUGAUUAUCAUUGCUGUCAUGUCUCAUAACGUAAUUGUCCUGUUUUUUUUUAUUCGGUUUCACUUGGCCCAAGUGCCUUGCAAAGGGGUUGUUAUAGAUGGUGUGAACCUGUGACACUUUAACUGUAUCAAAAGCAAUAAGAAUAUGUUUCUGUAAUGUUUUAUUCCCACGUUAUUUAUUUCAAAUGAACUGCAAAAGUUUUGCAAGUGUGUUUUCUUAGCUCUGUUAUCCCUCUGGCAUGUUUUAAAUGAGCAGUAAUGAGCUUGAGCGAUUGCUGUUGGCCAUUAAGUCCCAGAUUUUGUUUUCCAGUUCUCACUUGAUUUCUUCUCACUCUGCCACCUUUUCAGGCACAUCUUGGCAUGCUUUUGUCUUCAGGGGUACCUUGUUAAUACUUUAAGAUGCCAUAGAGCUAGGGAAAACUUAAUAAAACAUUUUUAUUUA